CCUGUGCCCCUCUGAUCCUCAACGUGACUCAGGUGAACUCUUCCACGGUGGAGGUGUUCUGGAUGGCUACAAACACCGAGGCUAACUACACUGUGAUCGCCAUGGGUCUCACCGACACGCUCACCUGCUCAUCCAGCGGCACUUCCUGCUACAUCAGUGUGUCCUGUGGAUCCACAUAUGACGUCAGCACCUACGCCACAACCACAGCAGGACAGAGUCUUCCCAGCUACUCCAUUCCCCUGGAAACAGGACCCUGUUGUCCAGAAACUCUGAGUGUUGAGCAGGUGACCCAGUCUAUGACAAACAUCACUUGGUCGGCUGCCACAGGGGCGCGGUCUUAUGUCACCUCUUUGACAUCCCCCAGAGGUCACGCCAGAUGUCACACCAUGGACACCCACUGCCUGCUGGGAUGCAUCACAUGUGGCACCAGCUACAAUGUGUCGCUGGAGGCCUUCAGCAUUACUGGACAUAAAUCAGAGUGCAGUUACCACGGUUUCUCUGCAAGUGCGUGUUGUCCGUCCAGCGUGAGACUCUACCGGAUGGAUAACAACACUCUUCGGGUGUACUGGCGCUCUUCUCCCGGCCUGUACAACUACACAGCCGACCUGCACGGUACCAGAUCCAACUACACCUGCAGUGCCACAAAUGGGGCUCAUGGAUGUGACAUCUCUGAGAUCCUGUGUGGGGAAGUAUACACUGUCGUGGUCGCUCCCUUAACACAAGAGGGUUCGAAGGUCACAUACUGCCCCAGAAGACUCUACUCAGUCUCCUGUUCUGGAAACACUGUGGGAAUGGUGAUCUAUCGAGGCCGGAGGAUUCCUGCCACCUCACAAAUAACAUAUUCAAAGGCAAUAUCAAGCACCUCCAUCAGGUUUGACUGGUCCAGUGCACAAGGAGCUGAUAAAUACAUUUUGGUGGUGAAUGGAACUUUCCAUCCUGAGACUCAUAACCUCACAUUCACCUCGCUAAGUGGACAGAUAGACAACCUCCAGCGAGCCACUUCGUACAGCUGUUACGUUUAUUCCGCCAAUUCUGCAGGACUCGGCACCAAGAGCCUUGUCAGAACCAUCAGAACAUUGGUGCAGCCACCAGAUAAUGUGGCUGUGAACGAGUUAACGCAGACCACGGCUCGCGUAACAUGGAACGCCAUCUCAGGUGUCCUGCUUUACCAGCUUUCAGUGAUGGCCAAUAACAAGCCGGGAUUUCCCCCGCUUAUUAAGAAUGUCACUGCUUCCCCUGUGAACAUCUCAAACCUGGAGCCGUGUACAACAUACACAAUAGGGGUUGCAUCUAUCAACAUGUUCCUUGAACCAGGAGAGUCCAAUAAUGUCACCUACACAACUUCCACCAUUGCAACAGUUUCCUCCAUCUCUGUGGAGUACAGCUGUCGUACUUCUACGGCAACGGUUAGUUGGGAUGUGGCUUUUGGUGCCACGUCGUACCGUGCCGUCAUUACAGAUGGUCAAGGCCGGUCGCUCAACUGCACUUCCAUGGACACCACCUGCCAGAUCUCGAAUCUGGUCUGUGGAGAACGGUACGCCGUACGGAUUAUAGCCAUCGCUAACUGUGAAAGCACUUCCGACGGCAGCUACAUCUUCGAGACAGCACCAUGCCCACCCAAAGCGCCAAAAGUGUACCGCGAGUGCUCCACUAAUGUCAUCUUGUUCUCGUGGGAGCCCACCAACAACACGGCUUAUUACUUCGCCAUUGCUGUGGACUCGGAUGAACUGGUAAUGGAAUGCGUCACUGGGGAAACCUCCUGUUAUUUCACCGACACCGUCUGUGGCCAAACCUACAGCUUCUAUGUCAGCGCCAUCUACUCCGGAGGACUAGACUGCAAGAGUGGAAACACAGAGGGUGUGGUGAUCAAAACAGCCCCAUGUUUGCCGCAGAACAUCUACACGACUGCAAACUGUAAUAGCAUCAGCAGUGCCAUCAUUACUUGGGACGAGGCCGCAGGAGCCGAGGCCUACGCUGUGGAGGCCCGCGGUAAUCGUAAAGAUUUAUACAACUGUACGUCUGCAAACACAAGCUGCACGCUAACAGAUCUGGAUUGCGGAGAGAGCCUGAGCGUGUGGAUUGUUGCCACAAAUGGUGAAUGCACUACUGAUCCUGUGCUGGGAGAUGUAGCAGAAACAGUUCCCUGCAUACCUCAGAACGUGUCUGCUGUGGAGACCUGUAGUUCAGACUCUGCCUCUCUCACAUGGAACUAUGCCAACGGUGCCAUCUUCUACAUCGGAAUGGCGACUCACGUGAAUGGCACAGUUCACACCUGUGUUGCCAUGGUGGCAGAAUGCACAAUCCCAGACCUGCGAUGCGGCGAGGCAUAUGACGUGUAUGUCAUGUCAACUAACCUGAAAUGCAACAGUUCUGAGAGUCAACAUGUCACCCUGCAGACAGCUCCCUGUGACCCUCAGAACAUCACAACUGUGCUCCAGUGUGACACCAACACGGCCAACGUGACAUGGGCUGCCAGUGCGGGAGCUAAUGGGUACACGGCAAUGGCAACAGACGGGCAGCAGCAACGUUUAGCUUCUUGUCACUCUAUGGGGACUUCCUGUCAGCUGACCUCUCUGCCGUGUGGGAUGAGACUAAAUGUAACUGUCCAAGCUGAUGGCGCCACCUGCAACAGCAGCUCUCAACCUAAAGCUGUAGUGGAAACAGCACCCUGCACUCCCACCAAUGUCGCUGCUGCUCUAAACUGUACAUCCAACAUUGCUUCCAUCACCUGGCACAGUGCCCUUGGUGCCACUUGGUACUUGGUAAAGGCAGAAGGCAACCAAGGGUACAAGACGUCCUGCAACAACACUGUCACACACUGUGAUAUCCCAAACCUGCAGUGCGGCCAGGAAUAUUCCAUCACAGUCAUGGGCAUGAAUGGUGACUGCAUGGGCUUGGCUAGCCAGCCUGUCACUCUCGUCUCAGCACCAUGUCCCAACACUGGCAUUCAAGCCAGUCUGGACUGCAGCACCAACUCAGCACUCAUUUCUUGGACACCAGGCAAUGGUUCGCUAAGUUUCAAUGCAACACUGCAGUCUUUCCAGGACCCCCAAAAGCACAACUGCUUCACCAACGGCUCCUCCUGCAGCAUCAGUUCACUGCCGUGUGGUCAGCACUAUAACAUCAGUGUUACAGGACACGGCCAGACCUGUUCAACCUCUUCUAAAACCUUGGUCACUCUUGACACAGCUCCAUGUGUUCCCACUCAAGUCAAUGUGUCAUUAUCCUGUGGGUCGGACACUGCAUCUGUUUCCUGGGCAGCAUCCAGUGGCCUUGUUUCAUACUAUAUAGUAACAGCAGUAGAUGAUAAUGGACAUACGCUAUCCUGCAACUCCAGCAGCACUUCCUGUGACAUCAGCGGCCUGGCGUGUGGUCAGGCGUACAACGUGACAGUCACAGCUAUGAGCGUGGACUGCACUGGGCAACGUAGUGACAUGCGUCGCAUCAAUACUGCACCCUGUGCUCCACAAUCUGUGGUCAGUCAGCUCUUAGAUUGUCAAACAGGUGAUGUUCAAAUUAGCUGGCAGUCGAGUAAAGGGGCGCAGAUCUACUAUGCUCAAGCAAAAUCUACUGACAAGACCCUGGUGUGUAACUCCACCUCUACGUCCUGCAUCAUCCCUGCACUCGGCUGUGGGCAGACGUACAAUAUCACUGUGGUUGCAGAGGCCAACGGCUGUAGCUCCAACACCAGUGCGAUCAGUCAGUCAUGGGGUAAUUUUCAUUUUGGGGUAAACUAUCCCUUUAAGAGUGAAAUGCUUAAUACUGGAGACAUGCAGAAUAAUAGUCUCAGCAUAUGUAUUUCUGUUUCCUCUUUAGCACCGUGUCCACCUACAUCUGUCGCUGCUGUUUUGGACUGCUCGACUAACACAGUCUUAGUGUCGUGGAGCUCCAUGGCCAUUUCCGGGGUUCAUUACACAGCAAGCGCCAUUGGCCCAUUGGGGCCCUCUAGUGGUGUGGAGUGCAACACAACAAACUUGAACUGCACUCUUGCCCACUUGCAAUGUGGCAGCCAAUACAACGUCACUGUCACUGCUACCCAAAACAACUGUACUAGCAAAUCCAGCACGGAGUACUCCUUCAUUACAGCACCGUGUCCACCUACAUCUGUCGCUGCUGUUUUGGACUGCUCGACUAACACAGUCUUAGUGUCGUGGAGCUCCAUGGCCAUUUCCGGGGUUCAUUACACAGCAAGCGCCAUUGGCCCAUUGGGGCCCUCUAGUGGUGUGGAGUGCAACACAACAAACUUGAACUGCACUCUUGCCCACUUGCAAUGUGGCAGCCAAUACAACGUCACUGUCACUGCUACCCAAAACAACUGUACUAGCAAAUCCAGCACGGAGUACUCCUUCAUUACAGCUCCAUGUGUGCCAGUUCUGAACGACGUGGCUCUGAACUGUAGCUCAAGGUCUGCUGUGGUGAAGUGGUCUAGUUCAGGGUUGAGUCUAGGUGCAUUUUCGGUCAGUGCAGUGAGCACUCAGGGUGAACAGCUGGGCUGUGGUGUCUUCAACAAUGGUGAAUGUGUGGUGGAUGGACUGCAGUGUGGACAGACGUACACGUUCAUUGUGAAUGCAACGCAAGGCCAAUGCACCAGUGCUGCUAGUAACACACUGCAGAGGGAGACAGCCCCAUGCCCUCCAUUGAAUAUCCAGUCCAUAAUGAACUGUGGCAGCAACACAGCGAGUGUGUCUUGGUCCGGCGGCAAUGGAGCUCUGUCCUUUACGAUGACAAUGGAAUGCUCUAAUGGACAGACGCACAUCUGCAGUACCAAUGAAACAGGAUGUGACAUCACUAACAUGGCAUGUGGACAAACAUGCACAGUUAAGGUAGUGGCAGAGGGACGUUCCUGCAACAGCUCUGCAGGCACUGGAUCACCUGUCAUAACAAGUCCUUGUGUACCACAAAACGUGUCGGCCAGUGUAAGCUGCAGCAGCAACAUAGCAACAGUAACCUGGGGGAGCAGCCAAGGGGCGGAGCUUUACACAGUGACAGCCAGCAGUGCUAAUGUCCUUUCAGCUAACUGCACCUCACCAUCCACUUCCUGUGACCUGUCAACUUUGACCUGCGGAGAGUCUUACACGAUCACAGUGAAGGCAAAAGGCAGCAACUGCAGCAGUGGGAACAGUGCGCCUGUUCAAGUUCAAGCAGCCCCAUGCCCUCCAUUGAAUAUCCAGUCCAUAAUGAACUGUGGCAGCAACACAGCGAGUGUGUCUUGGUCCGGCGGCAAUGGAGCUCUGUCCUUUACGAUGACAAUGGAAUGCUCUAAUGGACAGACGCACAUCUGCAGUACCAAUGAAACAGGAUGUGACAUCACUAACAUGGCAUGUGGACAAACAUGCACAGUUAAGGUAGUGGCAGAGGGACGUUCCUGCAACAGCUCUGCAGGCACUGGAUCACCUGUCAUAACAAGUCCUUGUGUACCACAAAACGUGUCGGCCAGUGUAAGCUGCAGCAGCAACAUAGCAACAGUAACCUGGGGGAGCAGCCAAGGGGCGGAGCUUUACACAGUGACAGCCAGCAGUGCUAAUGUCCUUUCAGCUAACUGCACCUCACCAUCCACUUCCUGUGACCUGUCAACUUUGACCUGCGGAGAGUCUUACACGAUCACAGUGAAGGCAAAAGGCAGCAACUGCAGCAGUGGGAACAGUGCGCCUGUUCAAGUUCAAGCAGUGCCCUGCACCCCAAGUAAUGUCCUGCCCACCGAGGAUUGUGUCACAAAAGCUUUAGUUGUAUCAUGGACACCUAGUGCAGGAGGACAGUACUACAUGGCCACCUUGCAGGACAGCAAUGGACUGUCCACCACCUGCCAGUCUACAGGCUCACAGUGUAACGUGACAGGUCUCAGCUGUGGUCAGCUGUACCACGUCAAUGUGACAGCGUCAGACAGUCUGUGCAGCAGCCCUCCCAGUGCUACUGUGAACACUAACUCAGUUCCCUGCGCAGCCAGCUCCAUCAUGGCAGUGUUGGAUUGUCAGCUGGGUACAGCCACUGUGUCAUGGCAGUACAGUGCAGGUGCUCAGGGAUACGCUGUCUCUGCCUUGGCACCGGUAGACAACAGGGCUAGCUGCACAUCCAACAGCUCCAUCACGCACUGUGAGCUGAGUGACCUGCAGUGUGGCAAUGAGUAUACGGUGAACGUACAGAGUUUGGGAUACACGUGCAAUGCCAGUGCUCAGAUGACUGGCUCCCUGAUCACAGGUCCUUGUGUACCACAAAACGUGUCGGCCAGUGUAAGCUGCAGCAGCAACAUAGCAACAGUAACCUGGGGGAGCAGCCAAGGGGCGGAGCUUUACACAGUGACAGCCAGCAGUGCUAAUGUCCUUUCAGCUAACUGCACCUCACCAUCCACUUCCUGUGACCUGUCAACUUUGACCUGCGGAGAGUCUUACACGAUCACAGUGAAGGCAAAAGGCAGCAACUGCAGCAGUGGGAACAGUGCGCCUGUUCAAGUUCAAGCAGUGCCCUGCACCCCAAGUAAUGUCCUGCCCACCGAGGAUUGUGUCACAAAAGCUUUAGUUGUAUCAUGGACACCUAGUGCAGGAGGACAGUACUACAUGGCCACCUUGCAGGACAGCAAUGGACUGUCCACCACCUGCCAGUCUACAGGCUCACAGUGUAACGUGACAGGUCUCAGCUGUGGUCAGCUGUACCACGUCAAUGUGACAGCGUCAGACAGUCUGUGCAGCAGCCCUCCCAGUGCUACUGUGAACACUAACUCAGUUCCCUGCGCAGCCAGCUCCAUCAUGGCAGUGUUGGAUUGUCAGCUGGGUACAGCCACUGUGUCAUGGCAGUACAGUGCAGGUGCUCAGGGAUACGCUGUCUCUGCCUUGGCACCGGUAGACAACAGGGCUAGCUGCACAUCCAACAGCUCCAUCACGCACUGUGAGCUGAGUGACCUGCAGUGUGGCAAUGAGUAUACGGUGAACGUACAGAGUUUGGGAUACACGUGCAAUGCCAGUGCUCAGAUGACUGGCUCCCUGAUCACAGCACCAUGUCUGUCCACCAGUGUGUCUGCCAUGGUGGACUGCCCCACAGAUUCAGUUCUAGUGUCUUGGAGUGCCAUUGCUGGGGCGGAGAAUAACUCCGUGACCGCUUUGGGGUCAAAAGGUCAAACAGUCUUCUGCUCAACCAGUCAGAACCACUGUAACAUCUCCUCCCUGCAGUGUGGACAGCAAUUUAACCUCACCUUCAGCUCUAUGAACCAGCAGUGCCAAACGACCUCCACCACCAAUGUCACAUUCCUGUCCAGACCCUGCGUACCACUGCAGCCAGUCGUCGAUAAACUGUGCGGUAACAAAAUGUAUGUGAUGUCUUGGGAUGUGAGAGAAGAAGUUGAUUACUACGUCGCCCGAGCCGUCAGUGCAGCAGGAGAAUAUCAGCUCUGUAACUCCACCAGCUCUGUUUGUUCCUUCCCUACUCUGGGCUGUGGAGAGACCUUCACAUUCACUGUCACCGCCCACAGAGGCCACUGCCAAAGCGACGCCAGCGCACCUGUAUACCUCUCUACAGAUCCUUGCAAGCCAGAGAACGUGACUGCUCACGUGUCAUGUGACAGCGAGACGGUGGCGCUCGACUGGUCAGAAGCCAAAGGAGCAUCAUUCUACAUUGUGAUGGCAGCAGGGAGUCUGGGAUAUUUUGUCAACUUUAACACUACUUCUACUAACCUGUCUGUGUCACUGCUCUGUGGACAAAGCUACAACGUGUCUGUCCAAGCGCACGGCGAUACCUGCGACAGCCUACCGAGCAUUCCUGCGGUUUUCAGACUCGCUUUGACGCCGAUCCUGGACUGUGGCACAGGGGUGGGCUCUCUGAGCUGGGCUUCCAGUGCUGGAGCUGAGACAUAUGAGGUGGAAGCAGUGAGUGAAGACGGGAACACGCUGCCAUUCAGUACCAACAUCACCAGUGGCUUCUUAUCAGAGCUGCUCUGCGGUCAACAGUACCAGGUCAAAGUCAGAGCAAUCAACAGGCAAUGCAGAAGUGUACUGAGUUCACCUGCUUACCUUUCUUCAGUUCCAUGUGUUCCUCAGAACGUUGUAUCUGAGCUGGACUGUAUAUUUAACUUUAUAAAUAUAAGGUGGAACAUCAGCCGCGGGGCGGCGUCUUACCUGGUGGUUGCCAAGGGACCAGAGGGUCCAGUGACUGCCUGUAACACAACUGCGCAGGAGUGCAGACUGCAAACACUGCACUGCAGCUCCUCGUACAAUGUCAGUGUUAUUGCAGUAAACCAACAAUGCAACACAUCAGGAAGCUCCAUCUUACGAAUAAACACCGUGCCGUGUGUACCUACUCAUGUGCAGGGCAGUGUAAACUGUACGACUGGAGCUGUAUCCGUGUCCUGGGGCCCAAGCGUAGGGGCCAUUUCCUAUGCUGCGGUUGCUCAGACUAGUGGUGGCUACGCCUCAGUGUGUAACAGCACUGGAACAGCAUGUGUCUUCUCGGAUCUGCUCUGUGGGAUGAACUAUAGUCUAGCUGUCAGCGCCACUGACGGGACCUGCAACACUGCACCGAGUCAACCAGUUGUGCUGAGUACAGUGCCCUGUAAGCUACAGAAUGUUAGCGCCCAGCUCAACUGUGACACCAACUCUGCUGUUGUAAGUUGGGAGCUCAGUGAUAACGUCACACGUCACACAGUCCAGGCUAUUGGUUCUGAUGGACAUCGCAUCGACUGCACCAGCUCCGACCACAGUUGUACAUUAGCUGGCAUGCGCUGCGGCCAGAGCUAUAACAUUACCGUCACUGCCUUGGAUGGAGCAUGUGACAAUAGCAACACAAACCUCAUGCUGACGUCAGCUCCAUGUGCACCUAGCAAUGUUCAGACGUCUCUGCAUUGCAACAUCAGUGGUGGUGUUGUGUCCGUGUCAUGGGUGCAAGCAAACGGGGCGGAGUUUUACAUGGCCGUGGCCGUGUCUAAUGAUGGUCAUUCCUACUCUUGUAACACCACCACUGCCUCCUGUGAUCUGCAGGAACUGCAGUGUGGCCAGAUUUAUAAUGUCUCUGUCUACUCACUGGCCCAUGGCUGUGGAGGCGUGAAGAGCACUAUGUCUCAGGUGCAGACAGCUCCGUGUCCCCCCCAGAACGUAUCUGCCAUUGUGCAGUGUGAUUCAGAGUCUGUGCUGGUGAGUUGGAACCCAGCAGUGGACGCCAGCCUGUUCAUAGUUGAACUUGAGUCUGAGAGCACUGGUGCAAUCUCCUCAUGUAACAGCACAAACACGCAGUGCUCCAUCACCCAUCUGCCCUGUGGAGAGAGAUUCAACCUCAGUGUGGUGGCACUGAGAGGCGGCUGUCAGAGUCAACCAAGCAGUGACCUUUCCAUCGCCUCAGCUCCAUGUAUUCCACAGGGGGUCAACGGUACUGUGGACUGUGUCACUAACUCUGCAUGGGUAUCAUGGGAUGUAGUUAAUGCUGCAGAGUCUUACACAGUGCUGGCUGUAGGGGAGGACGGUCACAAUUCCACCUGUAGCAGCUCAAACUCCACCUGUAAUGUACCUGACCUAGGCUGUGGAAGGAGCUUCACCUUUCACGUCACUGCCUCAAAUGCUGCUUGCGUGAGCCCACCCAGCAGCAGCUUUCAGCUGGAGACAGCCCCUUGUGCCUUGUCAUCCAUCGUGGUGGUGGCUGAAUGCCACAGUUCUGUUAUCAUGGUACAAUGGCAGAAAGCUCGGAGCGGAAAUUCUCUCUACUUUGCCACAGCAGAGGAUCAAGACCUUUCCAUCCUUUCCUGCAAUAGCUCCGCUUCUUCCUGCAACCUAACCAAUGUGCAUUGCGACAAGGAGUACACUAUCAUUGUGGCUGCUUCGGCCAACAAAUGCAGCAGCCUCCGCAGCCCACCCUACAAGAUCAGAACUGCACCCUGUCAGCCCUCAUCAGUACAGGCCGAUACAGACUGUCAGUCAAAGGAUGUGUUUGUGUCAUGGAACCCAUCAUACGUGGCACAGUCGUACCUGCUUAGUGCAGUUGGCAGAAAUGGAGACUUGAAGACGUGCAAUACCUCGAACAAUAACUGCACGCUAACUGAUCUGCAUUGCAGCAACAUCUAUCAUGUGUCCGUUUUAGCCAGUAAUGAGAACUGCACCAGCCUGCCCAGUGCUAACAUCACCAUCAAAACGGUGCCAUGUGAGCCAGCCAACUUAACUGCAACCGUACAGUGCGGGAACAGUAGUAGUGCCUCCUUGUCCUGGGUGGGGAGUACAGGGACGGUGGCCUACAUGGGACUUGCUCAGUCAGAAACCGGCACAACAGCCUACUGUGAAACCACACACACGUCUUGUACUCUGGAGGGCUUAGUGUGUGGCACUGUGUACAACUUUACAGUGCAGGCAACGGAUGGCUUCUGCAACAGUUCCUUGAGUGAACCUCAAACUAAGGGAGCAGCUCCAUGUCCUCCAGCUGGAUUGAGGGUUGUCCCUCGUACAGUAGUAAAUGAUACUCAGAUCUUGAGGGCGUCUUGGUCUACUGUGAAUUGUCCUAAUUCUGAAUACCUCCUGGCACUCACGGGCAGCAUUCAGGGCAACAACCAAGCACUCUUUGACCUCACCUCCUAUUGGACAAGACGCACAUUCUUCGAAGUGCCUCUCCUUUGUGGCUCCACCUACAGCGCAACCAUCAGUGCGAGGAACUCUGCCGCCACAAGUGACAAGUCUGCUGCUGUCACUGGAAGCACAGUGCCUUGUGCCCCUCUAAAUGUGACGUUCUCUGCAUCAUCGGCGGUAGUGGCAUGGAACGAGUCACUAUUUGCUACAAACUACACUGUGUAUGAGGUUACUUCCUCUGGAAGGACGAAACUCUGCAUGAGCUCACAGCUCCUCUGCUCCGUCACCAAUUUCAGCAGUGGUCACAUUGUUGUAACUGCCCAUAACACUGCCGGCGAGAGUGAAGACUCGGUGCCUGUUGUAGUGACAGCAGGUCGCAGGAGGAGGUGAGACCUGGCACAAAGUGAGAAAGGCCUGACCAACCCUGAGUAAAUGCUUGCAUCUCAUCUCAUCGCACUCAAACUCUUGCCUCUGAGAACUCCUGCACUUAUCUAAGAAUUCUUGAAACUGUGAUAUUUAACUUUUGCAUGUUACAUAUAUUCUGGUUUAAGGUUCACUUUUUUUUUUUUAAACAAUAUUUAAGGGUGGGAUAGAUUGCCUGGGUAAAAGAUUAACUUUCUUUUAAAAUGUUUUCCAAAAUCUGUUGUUUCUGGCUGUGGGAUUUACUUUCAUGCAAUGCCAAAUAUUUUUUAAAAAGGUCUUAUAUAAAUAUGUAUUCCUAUGUUUUUGUAUACGAGUAGAGUUAUAUUAAAUACAAAGAGCAUUUCUCCAUGUGAUCAGUCUUAUAAAUAACCUGUAAAGCACAUGUAAAAUAAAUUAACCAUACACAAAACACCUGCUGUUCUUAUAAAAUGAAUGUUCUUACAAGGAACU